AUGUCAACACCUUCAACUGAUGAGGUUCAGUUGGAAAUCGAUACCAAUGUUGAGAUUGAUAGAGCUUUAAUCUAUUUUAGUCAUGGAGAGGCUUAUUGGAUGGGCAAAAUUGAGAUUUCUUUAGUCUGGACGGGGCUGGAAAUGGCUGGACUGAUGAUUGUUUUGGAGCUAUUCUUCAAUACCUGUUCUGCUUGA